UCAGGAUCUUCAUUGCUGCUUUAGGGUUCCUAAUGGCGACGUCGCACGAGAGUGUCAAGUGUAUUUGCAGUGAUAAGAAGGUUGUAGAAGUCGAUCCCAAGACAUGGAAGUCCAAGUGUGGCACGUUUCAGUGUUUGAAGGAUAUUCUGGAUGUGUUGAAAUCGGAUAUGUUCUUUGAAGGUGUUGAUGUGAGCUUCAGUUCUAUGAAGCUGAUUGCUAAAAACGUGAGCACUAGGAGCCAAACUUUGCAGUUAGUUUGCGUUGUUGCUGAUCGGCUGAAGUUUCUUCUGGAUCCAAAGAGAAGAUCGCUUGUGGAGAAGAUGAUAGAGGAAAUUGCAGAUGGUUUUGAAGUAAACAAGUGCUUUGAUCCGGACGAGAUUUUUGAGUUCAUAUAUGAACUUCUGGAUAAUGGCCUUAAUAACCGGAGUGUUUUUCCUGAAGAUAAUGCUACUAUCAUCAGUGAGCUUGCUUUGAAAGUACUCCAUAAAAGAAUGGAGAAAAGAGAAGUUAAUCAAGAGCUGAUAGAUCCGUUUCUGCCUCUGGUUAUGGGAUGCUUGAGCAACCAAACUCUUUUGCCUUCAGCUCUUAGAGGUUUGAAAUCUUUACUGAAAUUUCCAUUGCCUUCCCUCAGGGAAGAAGGAGAUAGUCUAGAUAGUUUAGGAGAUAGGCUGGUAGGAGAGUUGUCAUACAUUGCUGCUGGUGGGAUGAUGAAUAUAUCUCUUGAUUGCUCUCUCUCUUGCUUUGCCAUUUUAAAAUGGUACAUUAGCAAGGAGAUAACUAUGCAGCAGAUGAGUAUAUUGAUUAAGUUUGAUAGAUUAUUUGAGGAUAUAGAGACAGAUGUACACUGUAGGGCUCUUUCACUCAUCGAGGCCAUCAUAGAGCGGAGGUUUGAGUUUGAAGAGUUAUCCAACAUUGUAUCUGUUGUUUCAUAUUCGCUGAUACACAGUGUUGUGGAAAAAAUCAGCUUGAAAUGUCAACAGAUACUGUUGGAGUAUUUGGCCAACUAUACCCUUAGUGACAAAAUUUUAGACGGUCAUAUUGAUAUUAUGCUCCAAUACACACGGUGUAAUGAUCAAAAGAAGGCUCGAGCCCUGACCAUGGUUCGAUCCUUUAUCUCCAAAUUUUCAGAACCUGGUCUUGGCAGCAAGAGCAAGAGGAAAUAUUUAAACAAGCUCUCGAGUCGUUUCUUUGCAACUCUGUUGCCUCUGAUUCCCCGAGAUGCUGACCCUUUCAAAGCGCCUUCCCCUGUUGGUGAGCUCAUAGGGCUUCUUACAGAAAAAACUGAUGUAGGUAUGGUUGGUAACCUGAUCCCUGAAUGUCUGUCCGCUUUUAAGGAGUAUCCGGCAGCGGUAGCAGAGGUGUUGUUCUUCUUCAUGAAAGCCUUGGAGAAACGUUUCAGGAAGCAUAUCAUCACUAUAUUGAAGAAAGUAGAGGUUGCUCACACUUCCGAUGAAAGUCACUACUCACUGUUCAUGGUAUUCAGUACGUUCAGACAUUUUCCUGGUUAUCAAGUAUUGGAUCCAGAGUUUGAGGAGAUGUGGAGAAUUGUAUUCAAAUCACUCUUGCACACAGAGUCAAGACUGAGGAAUAUAUGCUGCAAACUCCUGAAGGAAUACUUCAACGCAUUGGGAAAGAAGAACAUGGCGAGCUCUCAGUCUUUGGUAGCUACCUUGUUCAUGGUGGCUGCACAUCUGUGCUUCGUGCUAAAGGAGAACACCUCAAGCGACCAUAAGCGUGACCUCACAGAAAACUUGGUGCAUGUGCUCUCCGCUCUUCAUUCUUGGAUUGGGCAGCUUGAUCAAGCAACCUGCAAUGAGUUCUGGUUCAGUCUGGGGGAGAAUGAAAAGGAGAUGUUUCGUGAAGCCUUCAAGGUGAUUGAUCGAGAGGAGGAAGGAGUGUCUAGGGAUUUACUCUCUGAGAAUGGAAAUGGUAUAAGGAAAGGGUUGAUUGGAAUUUUGCUCAAGAGAAUGGGGGAGCUUGCUCUUGAGAAGGAGUCUGUUCAGAUGAGUGUUGUGUUCAGUGUCUAUGAAGAGCUUAGUCAAGAAAAAGAAUGGCAUUUAUAUGCUUCGGAAGUUAUGUAUCCGUUGUGCAAAGUUUGUGAAGGUUUUGCAGGGGAAAACAUCUCAGUUGAGCUGAAAAAACAAGGAGAGAAUGUGCGAGACAGUUUAAGAUCGGCCAACAAUAUCUUUGGGGAAGCCUACGUUGGAAUAAGACAAGGAUUGCAGGCAAAUAGAAAGAAGAGAGCGGGAGAAGAGCUGGCGAAAGCUGGCCCGAGAAAGAAGAUAGAGUAGAGAUGAGCGUUUCCAGUUUGCUACUCUCUAGGAACUGUUAAGAGGUUGUGGAAAGAGCUUUUAAAUUCUGUAACUCACGUGUUCUUUAUGCUGCUUGGAGACUUUUUUUUUUUUUUAGCUCAUCCAUAAACAGUUAUUCCAGACAUAUGUGAUUAUGCAGGUGGGUUUGAAAUGGGCCACUUUUACUGCUUUUAUGCGUCCUCAUAAAAUUUUGUUACAUGACAGUUAUUUUGGGGAAAAGUGCCAAUUUCGAUC